AUGACGGGCCGAGCCCGAGCCCGGGCCCGUGGCAGGGCCCGCGGUCAGGAGACAGUGCAGCAUGUCGGGGCUGCCGCGAGCCAGCAGCCUGGGUACAUCCCACCAAGAACUCAGCAGACACCCACAGAGGGGGACUUGGUCGGCCGAGGACGACAGAGAGGAAUGGUAGUUGGAGCCACAUCCAAGUCACAAGAACUGCAGAUCUCAGCUGGGUUUCAGGAGCUGUCAUUGGCAGAGCGAGGAGGGCGUCGCCGAGACUUCCAUGACCUUGGUGUGAACACCAGACAGAACCUUGACCACGUCAAAGAGUCAAAGACAGGCUCCUCAGGUAUCAUCGUGAAGCUAAGCACCAACCACUUCCGGCUGACCUCGCGCCCACAGUGGGCCCUGUACCAGUACCACAUCGACUAUAACCCCCUGAUGGAGGCCCGCAGGCUGCGCUCGGCACUGCUUUUCCAGCACGAAGACCUUAUUGGAAGGUGUCAUGCUUUCGAUGGGACAAUAUUGUUUUUACCUAAGAGACUACAGCACAAGGUCACGGAAGUGUUCAGUCAGACUCGGAAUGGGGAGCACGUGAGGAUCACCAUUACCCUGACCAAUGAGCUGCCGCCCACCUCACCCACCUGCCUACAGUUCUACAACAUCAUCUUCAGAAGGCUCUUGAAAAUCAUGAAUUUGCAACAAAUUGGACGGAAUUAUUACAAUCCAAGUGACCCGAUUGAUAUUCCAAAUCACAGGUUGGUGAUCUGGCCUGGCUUCACUACUUCCAUCCUUCAGUAUGAGAACAACAUCAUGCUCUGCACAGACGUCAGCCACAAGGUCCUCCGCAGUGAGACCGUUCUGGACUUCAUGUUCAACCUGUACCAGCAAACAGAGGAGCACAAGUUCCAGGAACAAGUGUCGAAGGAGCUUAUAGGCCUAAUUGUCCUCACCAAGUACAACAACAAGACCUACAGGGUGGAUGACAUUGACUGGGAUCAGAAUCCAAAGAGCACCUUCAAGAAGGCAGAUGGCUCGGAGGUCAGCUUCCUGGAGUACUACAGGAAGCAGUACAACCAGGAAAUCACAGACUUGAAGCAGCCAGUGCUGGUGAGCCAGCCCAAGCGGAGGAGAGGUCCCGGAGGCACACUGCCGGGCCCAGCCAUGCUCAUCCCGGAGCUCUGCUACCUCACAGGUCUGACUGAUAAAAUGCGCAACGAUUUCAACGUGAUGAAGGACCUGGCGGUGCACACGCGACUGACCCCUGAGCAGCGGCAGCGGGAGGUGGGCCGCCUCAUCGACUACAUCCACAAGGAUGACAAUGUGCAGAGGGAGCUUCGUGACUGGGGCCUGAGCUUCGACUCAAACCUGCUGUCCUUCUCAGGAAGAAUCUUACAGUCUGAGAAGAUCCACCAGGGUGGGAAGACGUUUGAUUACAACCCACAGUUUGCCGACUGGUCCAAAGAGACAAGAGGCGCACCGCUGAUCAGCGUGAAGCCAUUGGAUAACUGGCUGCUGAUCUAUACCCGCAGGAAUUAUGAAGCGGCCAACUCACUGAUACAGAACCUGUUCAAAGUGACUCCAGCCAUGGGCAUCCAGAUGAAAAAGGCAAUCAUGAUUGAGGUGGAUGACAGAACAGAAGCUUACCUGAGAGCCUUGCAGCAGAAGGUGACAUCAGACACUCAGAUAGUUGUCUGUCUGUUGUCAAGUAAUCGGAAGGACAAAUAUGAUGCCAUCAAAAAGUACCUGUGUACAGACUGCCCUACCCCAAGUCAGUGUGUGGUGGCCCGGACCCUGGGCAAGCAGCAAACAGUUAUGGCCAUUGCCACCAAGAUUGCCCUGCAAAUGAACUGCAAGAUGGGGGGUGAACUCUGGCGGGUGGACAUGCCUCUGAAGCUGGCGAUGAUUGUGGGUAUCGACUGUUACCAUGACACCACAGCUGGGCGGAGGUCCAUCGCAGGAUUCGUUGCCAGCAUCAAUGAAGGGAUGACCCGCUGGUUCUCCCGCUGCGUCUUUCAGGACCGUGGCCAGGAAUUGGUGGAUGGGCUCAAGGUGUGCUUGCAAGCUGCUCUGAGGGCUUGGAGUGGCUGCAAUGAAUAUAUGCCUAGCCGUGUCAUUGUGUACCGAGAUGGCGUAGGGGAUGGACAGCUGAAGACCCUGGUCAAUUAUGAGGUCCCACAGUUCCUGGACUGUCUCAAGUCAGUUGGGAGAGGUUACAACCCAAGACUGACUGUGAUUGUGGUGAAGAAGCGUGUCAAUGCCAGGUUUUUUGCUCAGUCUGGGGGAAGACUCCAGAACCCUCUACCGGGGACAGUCAUCGAUGUGGAGGUCACUAGGCCAGAGUGGUAUGACUUUUUCAUCGUGAGCCAGGCAGUGAGGAGUGGGAGUGUGUCCCCAACACACUACAAUGUCAUCUAUGACAGCAGUGGCCUGAAGCCCGACCACAUCCAGCGACUGACCUACAAGCUCUGCCAUGUGUACUACAAUUGGCCUGGAGUCAUCCGAGUUCCUGCACCCUGCCAGUAUGCACAUAAGCUGGCCUUCCUUGUGGGCCAGAGCAUCCACAGAGAACCGAACCUGUCCCUGUCCAACCGCCUCUACUACCUCUGA